AUGAAAAGAGCUGAUCUGAAGGAGAGAGCUGAGAUGAACCACUCUGACUCCGAUCUAUUUGUUCACGGACUGCUCUCACUCCUGAUUGAGAUCGCCACUUUGCCCAUGCCGACUGUUGCCAUGGUGGAUAGCUUCGCCCUUGGAGGGGGUCUGGCGCUCGCCUGCGACCUUCGCAUUGUCGCCUACUCUGCACAGAUGGGUUUGAUUGAGAAGACACAGGGGUUACUCCCAGGGGCUGGGGGCAGUCAGCAUCCCCCCAGAGCGGUGGGCUUUGCCCUGGCUAAAGAGCUGAUCUUCACUGGUCGGAGAGUGGAUGGACAGAGGGCUGUGGACAUCGGACUGGUCAACAGAGUUACAGAGUAGAACCCAGAUGGAGACGCUGCCUAUUGAUAGGCAUGGAGUCGGGCUAGAGAGAUACUACAACAGGCCCCCAUCACUGUGAGGAUGGCCAAGGAGGCUCUGAACAGAGGCAUGGAGGUGGACGUCACAUCAGGGAUGGCCAGAGAGGAUGUGCUAAGCCAGGCUGAUCCCGACACGAGGGCAUGGCUGCCUUUAUAGAGAAGAGACCCCCACUCUACACUGGAGAGGAACACACACAUGGAGAGUUGUGUGUUUGUUUUUAAACUGCAGUUGUAAUAUAUUUUAGCAUAUGGAUCAAGGAUGGCUUUUGAGAUAAAGGAAUACAGUAAAACAGACUACCAGUUUA